ACACUGGACAGUGAGUAACCGCCAGCGCUCUGUUCAUUGCGUUAUUGCCAGCGUGGCUAGGUUGUAACUUUCAACUUGCACCAGUGUACCGUAAAAAGGUCUAAAAUGUCAGGAACUUCAGCAGGUGGAUACGUGAUGCGUGGAUUCUUCGUUGCCGUGAUGUUGGUUGGUCUUACUGGGUGGGCCUCUGCUUUCUACCUCCCGGGCAUGGCACCCGUCAGCUUUUGCAAAAAGGAUGUUGAAAGUAGAUACAAAACCUCAGAGAAUGCUUUGGAUAGUCAGUGUAAGAGCUUAAUUGAGAUGUACGUCAAUCGGCUGGACACGGUAGAGAGUGUCAUCCCUUUCGAGUAUGACAGAUUUGAUUUCUGCCAGGUGCCAAAAUUGGCAGACGUGCGUCCCGCCGAGAACCUGGGCCAGGUGGUUUUCGGGGAGCGCAUUGAUCAAUCACCAUACAAUUUCACCUUCGGCGAAUCCAACGAUUGCAUAACGGUGUGUGAGAAGACGUAUUACCCCAAGGUCAAGGAGCAAGUGGACAAGUUGAACUUCCUCCGGAAGGCCAUCCUGCUGAACUACCAGCAGCACUGGAUUAUUGACAACAUGCCGGUGACCUGGUGCUAUCAAGUGGAGGGAGACCAGAAGUAUUGCUCCCCAGGGUUCCCGGUCGGUUGCUAUGUUGACAAGCAGGGCGUGCACAAAGAUGCCUGCGUUAUCGAUGCCAGCUUCGACCAGAAAGAUACCUACUAUUUGUUCAACCACAUCAACUUCACCAUCACGUAUCACACCAUGGCUGAGAACCCAGAGUUUGCUCGUAUUGUCUCCAUCAAAAUUGAGCCGUACAGCCUCAACCACAAGAAAACUGGUGGGAAAUGCCAGAUCACCCCAAGCGAGAGUCAAACCGGGUUUCCCAUGGCCAUCCCGGCUGAACUGAAGGAAUCCAUCUCUGUCAGCUACAGCUAUGCCAUUCACUUUGUGUCCAACUCCACAACACGAUGGGCGUCUAGGUGGGACUACAUCUUGGAAUCUAUGCCUCACUCCAACAUCCAGUGGUUCAGUAUCAUGAACUCGCUGGUGAUCGUCCUGUUCCUCUCUGGUAUGGUGGCCAUGAUCAUGCUGCGCACACUGCACAAGGACAUCGCUCGCUACAACCAGAUGGACACGGAGGAGGCCCAAGAGGAGUUUGGCUGGAAGCUGGUGCAUGGUGACGUCUUCCGAGCACCACGCAAGGGCAUGCUGCUGUCAGUGCUGCUGGGGUCAGGGUCACAGAUAUUCUGCAUGACCUUCAUCACUUUGGUGUUUGCCUGCCUUGGGUUCCUGUCCCCGGCCAACCGUGGUUCCCUCAUGACGUGUGUCAUCGUCCUCUUUGUCAGUCUUGGCACACCGGCGGGCUACAUCUCAGCCAGGAUGUACAAGACCUUCGGCGGUGAGAAGUGGAAGUCCAACCUGCUGUUGACCUGCUUCCUGAUCCCGGGCAUCGUCUUUGGCAUCUUCUUCAUCUUGAACCUCCUGCUCUGGACCAAGCACAGCUCGGCGGCCAUACCAUUCUCCACACUGGUGGCUCUACUAGCCUUGUGGUUCGGCAUCUCUGUGCCCCUGGUGUUCCUGGGGGCUUACUUUGGCUUCAAGAAGAGGCCGAUUGAGUUCCCUGUGCGCACCAAUCAGAUUCCCCGUCAGAUCCCUGAACAGUCGUUCUACACCCGCCCCCUUCCCGGCAUCGUGAUGGGCGGAGUCUUGCCCUUUGGCUGCAUCUUCAUCCAGCUGUUCUUCAUCCUCAACAGCAUCUGGUCCCAUCAGUUCUACUAUAUGUUUGGUUUCUUAUUCUUUGUGGCCAUCAUCCUGGUGAUCACCUGUUCGGAGGCCACCAUCCUGCUGUGCUAUUUCCACCUGUGUGCGGAGGACUAUCACUGGUGGUGGCGCUCUUUCCUGACCAGUGGCUUCACUGCCGUCUACCUGUUCAUCUACUGUCUGCACUACUUCGUGUCCAAGUUGACCAUCCAGGGAACGACCAGCACCAUCUUGUACUUCGGCUACACUACCAUCAUGGUCCUCUUGUUCUUCUUGUUCACCGGAGCUGUGGGCUUCUUUUCCUGUUUCUGGUUCGUCAGCAAAAUCUACAGCGUAGUGAAAGUGGAUUAAAUCGCUUCUGGGUUGGUGAUCCGCUGUGGUCAAGCUUGAUCCCACCAACAAGGUUCAGUCGUGUUUGAUUUUCUCUUUCUUUUGGUGGGCAGAGAAUGCUUUAUUAAUUCAACACUCUCGAGUCAGACUAUACUUUAGUUUAGUUCGGGGGUAAGAUUCACCCAGGAACCAGUUUUGCCUGUGAUUUAAGUAAAAAGGACAUAAGUAGCCAACAGGCCCAGAGGAAUUUGUAGAAAGUUUGUGAAUAGAUUCCAUUUUUCCCUGCAAGAGGGACCUUUCUUCUUACUGGUCAAAGUAGAUAGAGUAUACAUUGUGCCGCAGUGGUAAACUUAAAAUGUGUUUCAUUAUUGACGGCAGUACGUGACGUGCAUUGCUGAUAAUUUUUUUGUCAGACACACGAUUAGCCAAAUGGAUGCCUUUCGCAUCUCUCAUUUUCCCAAAAAAAAAAAGCACAUGAAGUACUGUAAAAAGUUUUCGUCUUGUACAAUCUUCAAAGCAGUGAAUUAUGAAAAGUUCAUCAGAAACAAUAUAUCACGUGAACCUGAAGUUGGAUGAGGCGUUGAGUUUCCACUGCACAUUUGCCAUGCACAUUUCUUUGGGGAUAGGUUGGGUUUGGUUUUUUAGAUGGCUUAGGAACUUUUAGAUGUUUCACUGAGCUAGGCCUCGUAAAAUGGAUGUAUAAUUCCUUUGUUUGAAUUUCACUUGUACAGUUUGUCAUUGCGACAGCAAUGAAAAAAGGCAGCGUGUGAACAGUGGGAUGAGGUUUUGUUGUUUUUAAAUAUGUCGUGGUAAAUUACGACCAGAUUUAAGAAUUUAUUUUCACAUUGUUUUGAUGUUUUGGUUAGGACCACAAGGAAAUGAAUCAGUUUAUGUUUGAAUAGUUGCUGGAUGUUGCUGGAGUUGGUUUAAUUGAUCUUUGGGUUGAUCGAAAACUCAAACAUUCUCCUGCAAAAGCUGCAAUGUGAAUACAGAAAUAGGUUGAAGUAGAAAACCAGAAGUGAAUGACAUGACAUGACUUUUGAGGACACAUAAGAAAUUCCUCAAGACAGACCACUUGGUUGUAGUUCAUAAAGCCUCGCAUGUUAUUUGGAUGGAAAAAAACUGCCACGUGAUUGAUUGAACUGUUAACCAAAAAGGGAAUGGUUAAUUGAUCCCCCCCCAAAAAAAAUGAAAGCCUGGGGCCCUUGUUUUGCUGUGACAGCACAACUUCCUUGGUGAUAGUUACCACAUGUAUAUUGACCUGCCUAGUGUUUUUUGCACUAUUGUGUGUAGGAUAAGGAUGGGAUGUUUACACGGUUAAACGUUCGAACAAAACAAGUUUCAAAUCUGUUUACAGAUUUUCCCAAGCAUUUAAACAGAACCGCCCCUUUUAGAGGUUUGAUGUUUUGAUUGAUUCAGUGUAGCAUUCAUUUUUAUUGUAAACGAUGCCUGUUAAAUGUAAUAUGAUUCUCGGAACACUUUUCCUGUUUGGCAUCUGGUACUUUCUGAGAAAAAAAGUGGAUUCUAAAACAAUAAAACAUAACUUGUUUUAAACGCCUCAGCAUCAAUCUGCAUUUUUAAAUUGGUGGGACCAUGUGCAUCAUUUAACUACACUGUACAUGUACAGUAUGCAAUAUGAAAACAUCGAGAUCGGCGGCGGCAGCCUCUGUAACGCGUUGGCUAAAAUGCUUAAACUGUAUGGGAAAGUUUUCAAAAAUUUAUUAAACAUAAAUUCCCGCCCUUAGCGUAAGACUUGUGGAUGGCUUGUGUCUUGAAAAGCACACAGAUUCAUUGGAACAGCCCUUCUGAAAUGGAAGUCUAGUUAAGAGAGUUUGUGCUCUUGAGAUGCAGAACAUUUUCAGCUUAAGUAAUUUUUGUGUACAGUUUGUGUCCAGACUUGCUUGUUUUCUUUGUCGUUGUUUGAUGCCGGAUGCAUGUUUUCCAAUGGGAAGGCAGAAUUCACGGAAUUACAUGUAUUCACUUUGCUUUUUUGUCUGACAUCACAUGGCACACAUGUACGUAAAAGAAAAGUUGUGGACAAUUGUUUGUGCAUGUAGUUCUGAAACUGUAUGGAAUGACCUUGCUGUUUAUGAUGAAUUAAGUUUUGUAGAUCCCUCCCCUUCCAGCCUUAUGCCUAGCUUUGUAAAUAUGUAUGAGUUGCCGUAAUAUUAAAAAUAAUGGGUAUUGUCUCACAUUUCGAUUGAACCCUCAGCUGUACAGCCAUGACAGCUGUACAGUAUGUAAUCACAAAACAUUAAGCUGUUUAUUAUAUAUUGUGCAAUGACAUGUUGGUUAAUACCAAACAGCAUAAGACACAAAAAACAGGUUAAGGGGGGGGGCAGUCACCUUGGCAUGUUUCUCCAAAGGUUAUCGAUUUCUCAGGGAUGCCAGUCCUCACGCAAAAGCCUGAAUUCAGACUCUUAUUUAAAAUGUUGGGCCAAUAUCAGGCCUCGGACAAGGUUUGUGUACAUGUAUGUAAGUUGAGGCUUCCCUACCCCCUUAUCAGGCUCUGGACAAAAACUUGACCGGCAUCCCUGAUUUCUGCAGGUGUUUCAACGGUUGUCAACACCCCAAAAAACAUUUGACCCCUCAUGAGUAGGGAGGGAGACUGUAGUAUGAAUGAAACAUUUCUGCACUUUACCCUCUUUCAAAGAGGUUAUCCCCUUUUGCAGUCAAAAAUAUGUGUAGAUGGAACGAAAUUUCUAAUAGCAGUUUUAACAUUGAGAUGGGAAUUGAUUUUUAUUUCAAAACAGAAAUUAUGCUCUGGCUCCAGUCCAAUAACAAACAGCCUCCAAGCUGACUCAAAGAACAGGUUGUAGAGUGCUCAAGAGGUGACAUCAUCAGGGGAUGCAUGCUAAUGUGAUUGUACACUGUAACUUACUGGCCCCCUUUCCUGUCUUUUUGGUGCCAUAGCAAGAACUAGUGUUGGAGGAUGUUGCACAGCAGUAGCAAGGAAAGCAAAAAAAAUGAGCAUAGCACCAGUCACAAAGCAAUGCACACCGCAUGGGGUUUGCAACGCAGUGCACGGUAAUCUGGUUACUCGAAGCAAAAGCAGGUGUGAUUGAAUCAAGCCCCAUAUGCCUUUAUCUGUUGCGCUCUUAUGACCGAUGUCUUACAGAUCAAAGCGGUCCCUGGUUGUACUCAUUUUGUUAAAGUUAACAGUGUUAUUCAUGGUACUGGAAAAGGGUUGCAUUAUGUGCAGAUUCCUUGCUCUUGCAGUUGUCCGCUCUGCCUUAGUUCUUGCUUUUGGAGUGCUCUAUAAAUCAUGGUUAUGCACUGAUGGGAAUAAUUUCAUUCAGUUACAUAUGAAAUGUUCUAGUCAGCCAGAUGAAGCGGUCCAUGUAUUGGCAGAAUGGAUCAUUCCAUUCUUACAGGCUGGCCGUGCGCUGUGCAUCAGACAAGUACUCGUAAUUCUUGGCACGUGAUCAACAAUCCACCUGUCAGAUGACAAGGAUUUAUUCAACCAUUGUAUAGUUUAUUAACCCUAACCCUCCUCAAUCCUUCACCUGUUGGAGGACUAAGGAGUGUUAUGGUUAAGGUACAUAUUAAUGGUUGGCUGACUUGAAAUGAAUUAAUCUGGACAUGUGAUCACUGUACCUCAGGACUGUCUCUUGUAAUGGUUAAGCAUUAGAACUGCUGCUGUGUACAACAGAUAGCAAAAAUAAAUCAGAAAGUGUGAAACAUCUCACACACCUAUCAAAAUGCUAGAUAAUAAUCCAAAUAAAAAUUACUCCCCAAUACCCUAAAUGAGACAAAAUUGCACUUCAUUGGAAAAAAAAAGAGAAAGAAAUUUUGUACACUUUGGCUGUACAUACAAUAUUGUAGGCAAAACAAAAAAGGUGUAUACAACCAGGACUAAUAAAUGGAGUGAAUCGGAUGGUUGCCCAUUACAUUACAUUGGCCUAAUGAAAACCUCUAGAAAGUAUGGCUGUCCUCCCAUCCAGGGAUUCCCUUGCUACUGGUAUAUGUGCAUUGGGCAAGGCAUUUUCUUAAGGCAGAUACUGAACGUUGUGUCAAGUGCCAUCGUGGGGAAUACACCCGGUGGAAGAAGUGUGUACUGUAGUUUGUGCAGUCAGCAGCCAUUUUUAAAUACUGUAGGGUUUUUUCCUUUUUUUUGGAUAUAUCUUUUAGGUUGUUAAAAGUUAUGUAUAAAUUUAACAGUUACAGCCUUGUCAUUAUUUAAUACGUCAUUACUUAGAUCUUGCAGAUCAAUCUAAGCUCAUUAACAAGACUGUGAUCUUUUUCCUGGUGCCUGUUUCCUGGAUGCAUUUAUUGUGCAUAAAAUGUGCUAAUAACAUUAAUAGUCAAAGGGUUUUGUGCUUCAAGGAGUGUAUUUAGAUGUUGUUUCAUUCUUUGUGUUCGGAUGUAAGGUUUUUAUGUAUUUGAAAUUGAACAUUUUUCUUGCUUGUUAAUGUAUUUACAUGGUUAUAAAGACUCUUAUUUUUGUAGUGAUUAAAGAUUAUGUGGAGUGGCAGUAUAAGUUGCCUUACCUUCAGUGACCACAUCUGACACUACAGUCAGGCUUUGUACAUGGUCGAUAAAUGAGAAGCCGUGCAUAUGCUA